CAGUUAUUCCAUACUCUAUUUGUACACCGUUUAUUGAUGUGUGUACUUUAUGUUAUUAUUUCAAUUGAAUAAUGGAAGGUAUGGGAUAUAAAUGCAUAACGUAUCAUACAUACAAAAUCAUUUACAACACGACCUGUUUUCUCUCACCAUGAAGUCUGUGCCAGUAAUAACAGUGUGCCUAAGUUUAACUCUUGUUUUGAUACCAGAAGGUGUUGAAUGUGGGGAAACAUUGACAGUGAACGGCAGUGAUCAACUUGCAAAAUAUAGUGAAGAUAAUAACGACGAAGAAUUAAUUCUCCUACAUGUUAUCCACCGCCAUGGAGGAAGAACAAGAGAUGUGAAGACGUAUCCGCUUGAUCCCUACAUAAACGAGACAUUUUACCCUUACGGUCAUUCACAACUUACAAAGAAUGGCAGGAGAACACUAUAUAAAGUUGGAUCAGACCUGAGGGACCGAUACAACAAGUUUCUGGGAGACGUUUACCAUAUCAAUACCAUAGAACCAUUUAGUACAGACACUAAUAGGACAAAAAUGUCGCUUCUUUUAAGUUUGUCAGGAUUAUACCCUCCAUCAGGUACAAUACUAGAAUGGAACUCAGAUCUAAAUUGGCAACCAAUUCCCUAUAAUUAUGGAAAUAACGACGUAGUUGGAGAUCCAAUAUAUUUUUGUCCAAAAUACAACAAAUUAUGGAGAAACUACUCUUUAGAUGAAGGUUUAGCUUUGUACGAAAACGAUUUACAACUUUACGAAUAUUGUAGUGAAUAUACCGGUUGGAAUAUAACGGAACCGGAAAAAAUUUAUGACCUUUACAAAAUUUUAAUUUCCGAGUACGAAUUCGGUUUGAAGUUACCGGAAUGGACAGCUUCAAUUUGGAAAAAGCCACUAUAUGAAGCUGCCGUUAAAAGAUUUAUUUAUAGGACUGGCACUGCUGAAUUGAAAAAGCUUUCAGGAGGGUGGUUCUUGAAGGAAUUAGUGGAAAACACUGUAGACAAGAUAAAUAGAACUUUACGGCCUCCAGACAGGAAAAUUUUUCUUUACUCUGGUCAUGAAACAAAUAUUGGUAUAAUUUUGUGUACAUUGGGAAUAUUUGACAACGAAAUACCUGGGUACGGAUCUCAAAUAAUUUUUGAAGUGUAUAAUAUUCAAGGUCAAUAUGGAUUUAAGGUUUGGUAUAAUGGAAAUAGGGAUGGUGAAAGUAUGGUAUUGGUUACGUUACCAGGUUGUGAAGAGUUUUGUCCACUUGAAAAGUUUUUGGAAUUGUACAGCGACGUAAUACCAAAAGAUAGAUCGGAUUGUGACGAUUAAUUUUUCUAUAUUGUAAAUUUGUUUUUGUUUUUGAAAAAUAUACCAUUAUUUCAUU